AUGCGCUCCGCUGCUGCAAAGUCUUUGCGCAAUGCAAGGGUGGUUGCGAAACCCUCGAGAGCGUUGGCAAGGAAUUAUGCCACUGUCAGAGAUCCUCUACAAAAAGACCCAGUCGAGCUAGAUCAAAUCACUGAACUACCGAACGGAGUUCGAAUUGCCUCCGAGUCAUUACCAGGUCCAUUUUCGGGAGUGGGCGUCUACAUCGACGCAGGAUCGCGAUAUGAGGACGAGUCACUCCGGGGGGUCAGCCAUAUCGUGGACAGAUUGGCUUUCAAAUCAACCAAACAACGGUCCGCAGAUCAGAUGCUGGAGGCUCUGGAAGCCUUGGGGGGCAACAUUCAAUGCGCAUCUUCAAGAGAAGCCCUGAUGUACCAGUCCGCAACCUUUAAUUCCGCCGUUCCCGAUACCAUCGCCCUGCUCGCUGAAACGAUCCGCGACCCCCUAAUCACUGAUGAAGAAGUGCAACAACAGCUGGAAACGGCCGAAUAUGAGAUACAGGAAAUUUGGUCCAAGCCGGACCUAAUCAUUCCGGAAUUGCUGCACAUGGCUGCCUACAAGGAUAACACCUUGGGCAACCCUCUGCUUUGCCCUCGGGAAAGACUACCCUACAUCACAAGAGGGCUGAUUGAAAAAUACCGUAAUCUUUUUUACAAGCCCGAGCGCAUAGUGGUGGCAUUCGCGGGCAUUGAGCACGAAAAGGCCGUUCGCCUGGCAGAAAAAUACUUUGGGGACAUGCCUCGCGGAAACAAACCCUCGGUGGCACAGGAUAAUGCUCAGCCGUCUACAGCUGAAUCCCCAACCGCCAGCACGCAGUCCGAGACGCCCUCCACGCCUUCAGCUACUAGCCGAUUUCUUUCCAAAAUCCCCGGUCUCAGCAAUUUCUCGACUUCAGCUCCUCAUCAAGCAACCGUAUCUCCACUGGAUCCAUCGCUUCUCCAAUCUGCGCCUGUCUCUCCUCUCACUCAGCCAUCCCACUAUACGGGUGGCUUUCUCGCACUUCCACCGUUGCCUCCUCCACAGAACAACCUUUCCAUCCCUUUGUCGCACGUUCACAUUGCCUUCGAGGCCCUGCCUAUUUCGUCCGAGGAUAUAUAUGCGCAGGCUACAUUGCAGACUCUCCUUGGUGGAGGCGGCUCUUUCUCUGCUGGUGGUCCUGGCAAGGGCAUGUACUCGCGACUGUAUACCAAUGUUCUCAACCAACACGGGUGGGUGGAGAGCUGCGUUGCCUUCAACCAUAGCUACACAGACAGCGGUCUGUUUGGCAUCGCAGGGGCAUGUGAACCCGGCAGGGUUGGACACAUGGUAGACGUUAUGUGUCGCGAGCUACAAGCACUGACGCUCGAGUCCGGGUUUCCCAGUCUCCAGCUGGCGGAGGUCAAUCGAGCGAAGAACCAGCUGCGGUUCAGUCUUCUGAUGAACCUCGAGUCGCGGCUGGUGGAGCUGGAGGAUCUUGGCAGACAAGUCCAGGUCCAUGGCCGCAAGGUCGGUGUGAAGGAGAUGUGCGCCAAGAUCGACGCCUUGACUGUGACGGAUCUGCGUCGCGUGGCGAAGCAGAUAUUGACCGGGCAGGUGCAUAACCGGGGCCAUGGUACCGGAGCACCCACGGUGGUCAUCCAAGAGGGUGAAGACGGGUCUGGCAAGAAGAUCAGACAGAUCCCCUGGGAGGAUGUGCAGUCGCGGAUAGCUAGGUGGAAGCUGGGAAGGAUGUAA